UUGAAAAUUAUUUUUGCAAAGAAAAAGGUUUAAAAAAUGAUCAGCCUUUUGCAUCUUCUUCAUCUUUGCCUUUGCCUCUGCAAGUUUCUUCUCGUUUGCAUUCUGAUCAUAACCCUUCGAAAGAUAUUCCAAAUCCGAAGCGAAGGCCGAUCAAAAUCGACGGCUGAGAUUCCUCCGGGAAGCGACGGUUUCCCGGUGAUCGGAGAGACACUUCAGUUCAUGUUCUCCGCCAACAGCGGCAAAGGUUUCUACGAGUUCGUCCGAACACGACAUCUCAAGUACGGAUAUUGCUUCAGGACAAAUUUAUUCGGAGAGACGCACGUGUUUGUAUCCACGACCGAGUCGGCUCGGGCGGUUCUGAACAACGAGUCGAACAGGUUCACGAAACGGUACAUUAAAUCAAUUGCUGAGUUGGUCGGCGAUCAGAGCCUCCUUUGUGCUCCUCAUCAUCAUCAUAAGAUUCUCCGUAGCCGUCUGAUCAACCUGUUCUCUACCAAAUCAACGGCUCUUAUGAUCAGAAGCUUUGAUGAGAUUGUCAUCGACAGUCUUAGAGGAUGGGAGCACCGUCGUACAGUGGUCCUCCUCACAGAGUUGCUAAAGUUGACAUUCAAAGCAAUGUGCAAGAUGCUAGUGAGUUUGGAAGAUGAAGAACAUAUGAGUCUGUUGCAACAUGAUGUGGCUCUUGUUUGUGAAGCUAUGCUGGCUUUUCCACUCAAGCUACCUUGGACUAGAUUCAACAGGGGCAUCAAGGCAAGAGGGAGAGUGAUGAAGGUGUUGGAGAGGAUAAUUAGGGAAAGGAGAAGUGGAAGUCACCAUCACGAGGAUUUUCUGCAACAUCUUCUCACUAAUAAUUCUGGUCAGGCCACUCGGUUGUCUGAGGCAGAGAUUAAGGACAACAUCUUGACCAUGAUUAUUGCAGGGCAAGACACUACAGCAAGUGCCCUAACAUGGAUGGUGAAGUACCUCGGAGAGAAUCAGAAGGUUUUGGAUAUUCUUACCGAGGAACAACUUCAAAUUUCCAAGAAAUCAUCAGAUAAACCAUUUCUUAGUGUAGAAGAUCUUAGUAAGAUGUCAUAUGCUUCAAAGAUGGCAAAGGAAUCAUUAAGAAUGGCUUCGGUAGUGCCUUGGUUCCCAAGAUUAGCACUGCAAGACUGUGAGAUAGAAGGAUACAUGAUUAAGAAAGGGUGGAAUAUAAACAUUGAUGCAAGAUCAAUUCAUCUUGAUCCUAAUGUGUACAAUGACCCUCACAUAUUCAACCCUUCAAGGUUUGAUGAAGAGGAUGCAAAAUCAAACAGCUUCUUGGCAUUUGGGAUGGGAGGAAGAACAUGCCUUGGACAUACCAUGGCCAAAGCAAUGAUCUUUGUGUUUCUCCACAGAUUUGUCACCACUUACAGGUGGGAAGUGGUGGACAAAGACCCAACCAUCGAGAAAUGCAGGAUCGAAAAGUUUACUGUCGACAUACCGACUAUCCAAUCUUAG